AGGAGAAGGAAAAAGGACGACUUUGGAGCCAAGUAGCAAGCGUUUAUGCUAAACAGAGUGUAACUGCCGGGGUUGCCAAAGCUGAGAGUGCACGGUGACAUUUCUGCAAAAAGCCCGAAAGGAUAACAACAAGGCAACACCAGAGCAUACAAAAGUGUUAGAGUCAAAGAACUAAGAUAAGACUUUCAGAUCUAGCAAAUAUGUCCCAUAGUUCCCCGAGAAGCGUAUCCACAGCUGUAGCCACUUAACGAACAAUGCCCAAAGUUAAGGCGCUAGGAGUCUCUAACAAUCGAAACCAAUAAAAUGAGCCCCGUUGCCUGCAACACCAACACUAACAUCGGUCACAUCGAGCAGGUUGCAGGCACUCAAAGGACAAAUCUAGCUGGGAUAAGAUCAAUCCGCAUCGGAACAACCACAAUCACAACGAUAUUGAACCAGCGAUGAGAUGGAGCGUCCGUUGGGAUGACGAACUCAGAAACUCAGUAAGGGAGCUGCAACUGAUACUGAUACUGAAACUAACCAGAAACAGAAACAGAAGCCACAGCGGCACUCGGAAUUUAGUGGCGACGAAAAUAGAAAAUCUGUGAAAUUCAACCCAAAAUAAACGGCAGAGGCAGCCAUGAACAGUGCGGAUAUAUUGUAAUUAUUAAUGAGCGCAUAGAGCGGGCAGAGUGAGCGGGGUGACGAAGCAGCAGCAGCAGCAGCAGCAGGAGCAGCAGCGACGAACAGAGCGAUACGUAGCGGGAUAUCACGAUGUACACUCUGCUGGAGCUCGACUAACACACUGACACACACACCCACCCCGGCCCAGGACCCCCAGGACCCCCAGUCCCGACAGAUUCCCCACAGGACGUAAGGACGACGGCAGGCAGGAAAGGCAACGAAAGGCUCAAUUUCAAGGAAUUUGCAAAGCGCUCGCAGACAAGCUCACCAGUUCACCAGCUCACCCACACACACAGAGACACACACACACAUGAGCGGGCAUCUCUCUCGUCAGGAUAGAAGUAAUUAAAAGUAAAUAAAGGAGGCAAGUGAAGACCAAAAAAAAAAAAAAAAGAAAAAGUCCCUAAAGCGUGAAGCGCUGGAAAGGCAGGAAGUAACCUGAUUACGGGCAGAGAAGCAGCAGAAGCAGCAGCAGCAGCAAUUAAUGCCGCUGGAGGAAGGAAUCCGAUUCAGAACCAGAAGCAGAAGCAGAGGAAGCGCAUCAGGAUCUGCUGCCACUGGACUGAGCUCGACUCGAUCUCCCAUCACGCGGACGCGCACCGAGGAUUGGAGAAAGGAACAGAAGAAGAGAAGAAAGGAACCACUCUCUAAGCUCUAAACACCUCCUCACUCAACCAUACACAUGCACUGAAGUACUGACUGAAUGCCUCGCUGCCUAAACAACCAACUAACUCACUGACUGAGAGACUUCAACAAGCGGAGAAGUACGGAGAAAGCCCUGACUAGAAGCCCAAGUAGCCGAGCGGAUAAGAAAACAAGAAAGAAAGGGGGAACCAGCUAGCAACUAAACUAAAGGAGCAACCUUGACUAAUAACUGCAACCACAAGAACAGCAACAAAACAACUGCAACUUACUUUAUACGCAACUAAACAAGAAACAAAACAAAAAAAGGAAAACAAACAAAAAAGAAUAACCAAAAAACAAAGAAACUUCGAUUUUUAAUGCAAGACUACGAAAAGCCACGACAGCCGUUUUAAAUAAGCAACUUUCGCACCCUCCCGAAAUUUCAACUUCCAACACCUGCAACCAGAAACCAGAAACCAAUCAACACACAAAACAAGCAAAAACAACCAAACACACAGCACCACCAUGAGUGAUUCAAAAAUGGACAAGCUGGCCCGGAUGGCGCCCCUGCCCCGCACACCGCUGCUGACCAUCUGGCUGGCCAUCAACAUGGCCCUGAUCGCACAGGAAACGGGCCACAAACGGAUCCACACAGUGCAAGCGGCGACUGGCGGUGGCAGCAUGCUGGGUGACGUAAACAUAUCCGCUAUACUCGACUCCUUUAGUGUUAGUUACGACAAAAGAGUAAGACCCAAUUACGGUGGACCUCCUGUCGAAGUCGGAGUCACCAUGUAUGUGCUAUCGAUCAGCUCGCUCUCAGAAGUGAAAAUGGACUUCACAUUGGAUUUUUACUUUCGUCAAUUUUGGACCGAUCCUCGUUUAGCGUAUAGAAAACGACCUGGUGUAGAAACACUAUCGGUUGGAUCAGAGUUCAUUAAGAAUAUUUGGGUACCUGACACCUUUUUUGUAAAUGAAAAACAAUCAUAUUUUCACAUUGCAACAACCAGUAAUGAAUUCAUACGUGUGCAUCAUUCUGGAUCGAUAACAAGAAGUAUUAGAUUGACUAUUACCGCAUCGUGUCCGAUGAAUCUACAAUAUUUCCCCAUGGAUCGCCAGCUGUGCCACAUUGAAAUCGAAAGCUUCGGCUACACGAUGCGUGACAUCCGCUAUAAAUGGAACGAAGGCCCCAACUCGGUCGGUGUCUCGAGUGAGGUUUCGCUGCCCCAAUUUAAGGUCUUGGGUCAUCGGCAAAGAGCUAUGGAAAUCAGUCUUACCACAGGCAACUAUUCGCGUUUAGCCUGCGAAAUACAGUUCGUGCGCUCGAUGGGCUACUACCUUAUACAAAUCUACAUACCCUCUGGACUGAUCGUUAUUAUAUCAUGGGUAUCAUUUUGGCUCAAUCGCAAUGCAACGCCGGCGCGUGUGGCGCUCGGUGUGACAACCGUGUUGACAAUGACCACUUUGAUGUCGUCAACAAAUGCAGCGCUGCCAAAGAUUUCGUACGUCAAGUCGAUUGACGUCUAUCUGGGAACAUGCUUCGUUAUGGUCUUUGCCAGUCUACUGGAAUACGCCACGGUCGGCUACAUGGCAAAACGAAUUCAAAUGCGAAAACAAAGAUUUAUGGCGAUCCAAAAGAUAGCCGAACAGAAAAAGCAACAGCUCGACGGAGCGAACCAGCAGCAGUCGAAUCCCAAUGCCAAUGCAAAUGUGGGCGGACCCGGAGGAGUGGGCGUUGGACCCGGCGGACCCGGAGGACCCGGUGGCGGGGUCAAUGUGGGCGUCGGUAUGGGCAUGGGACCGGAGCAUGGCCACGGGCAUGGACACCACGCCCACAGCCAUGGACAUCCGCAUGCGCCCAAGCAAACAGAGGUGAGAUUCAAGGUCCACGACCCGAAGGCCCACUCCAAGGGCGGAACGCUGGAGAAUACGGUGAAUGGCGGACGCGGCGGUCCGCAAUCGCAUGGACCGGGUCCGGGACAGGGCGGCGGACCGCCCGGCGGUGGCGGAGGCGGUGGAGGCGGGGGCGGACCGCCCGAGGGCGGUGGCGAUCCGGAGGCAGCGGUUCCAGCCCAUCUUCUGCAUCCGGGAAAAGUAAAAAAGGACAUCAACAAGCUGCUGGGCAUCACGCCCUCCGACAUCGACAAGUACUCACGCAUCGUGUUCCCCGUGUGCUUCGUGUGCUUCAACCUGAUGUACUGGAUCAUCUACCUGCAUGUCAGCGACGUGGUCGCCGAUGAUCUGGUGCUCCUGGGCGAGGAGUAGGGCGUCGUCCUCAAGCGCCGCAAGCGGACGAGGGCGUGGCCCAAGGACACAGGAGUGAACAGCGCACGAGAGAGUCAAACUUGGCAGGGCGCUGAAAAACCACACAAAAAAUGCAAAAAAAAAAAAAAACGCAGAAACCAAAACCCGCGAAAAAAUACAGAAAAAUAGGCACAAAAAAAUGAAGCGGAAACAAAACUAAUUUUAACUAGCGAUAUGAAAAUGCAGAGGCAAGAGUUUAUUGUUUAAUACAAAUGCGGAAAGGACACACACACAUAUUACAAGGUCGAAAGCAAAGAAUAUUGUUAAAUAGAUUUACACAGAAUAUAAAUGAAAUGAAAAGAUAAAACAACAUUAGAAUUAACAACCAAAUGAGUAUAAAUGAAUGAAGAAUAAUCAAAAGCAACAGAUUAGCAAAUUGUAGUGAAAAUUAUAUAACGAAGGGCAUAAGUGAAGGAGUUGAGGGGAAUUAUGAACCGACAACAAAACCAUUUCAACCACAACAAUUAUAACGAUCAAAAAUCAUCAUACGCAACAUAGGCAUUAGACGGAAACGAACGAUGACUUUGAGAUACCCUCGAAAUAGCGCAGUCGAUAAGUUGAUUUCAACACACCAAAAUAUUAUACUAGACGUUAAAUAAUUUCCAUUAUCUUUGCGGCGUUUUGAGUUUAAGUUUAAGAUACGAACGACCUUUGCUUCCCACUUCAAAAGCAAAACACCCGGAGAGUCUUCCUCUAAUUUAAGUGCGUUCCCCUUUCAGCUGCACGCUCCCAGAAACCGAAAUCCAAACAAACACCAAAACCAAACCUGAACUUAACCGAUACUUAACCAGUACUUAACCGGAACUCACAAUGCUGAUCCAUUGAUUGCCCAUUCAGUUGGUUGAUUUGUUUAUUCAGAACUGACUUAGCGCUUCCAAGUGAAAUGGCCAAAUUUAUUAGAAAUCAAAAUGUAGUAAAAAAGGAACAAUUUCGACAAUUGCAAAUCAGUUUGGCGAAUUAUUUCGUUAAGUUAACUUUAAAUGUAAAUCGAACACGAGGCAGUCACGUAAGAUCGAGAGGUUUUUUAAUCAUUUGCACAAGACACAAAACCAAACAGACUCAUUCAUUCACACCAAACUCGACACGAAUGUUAUGAAUUAUGAAUUACUUUGGAGCGCACCUUUUAUAAGAAAGCAUCGGAGAUAAGUCAUACAAAUAGUUAGUGCAAUUGACAUAGCGAAAUAAUAGUAUGAACGAUAACGAUUCAUUUUAGUUACACCAAUUUUUAUAUCAACUUUAAACUAACAACAAAUUAUUCAAUAUGCACUCACUCACUCACGAACACAAGAAUCAAACUGAAACAAAAAACAAAAGCAAAAAUAAAAACUUUUCGAAAACAACUUUGCGGCACCGUAAGAAAUCAAUCUAAAGUCUAAGUGAAAUUUUCAAACGCAAGUAAGCCCAAUAAAUACCAGUUAAUUAAAAAACGAAUACAAAUAGAACAUAGAACAUAAAGAGUACACAAGUAUGAAUGAAACUGCCUAAGAAAAAUAGCAUAUAAGUAUAACAAAUAGUUGCUAAAAACAUGCAAGAAAAACCAAAAACUUUAACGAAGACAAUUGAUUUUCAAUUUGUAAAUACAAACAGAACAGUCAGUCGGAACAUUCUCAAAGCAAAGUAGGAGCAAAACUUCGCAAUUAAACUUAGUUAAUGUAAUCGGAUCCGAUUAAGCGAUUAACUCGGAUGCGUUCAAGCAGUCAAUAAAGCGAUAAGCAAACAAAAGAUAAUUAUACCUACGAUGCACCGUCUUAAGUUAGCCUAAUGUCACACACAGAUACACACCAACACACCAACACACUGACAGGCGGACAAUGAGACACAGAUACUCGACGUAUAUAUCGACAUAUACAUACAUAUAUAUGUAUACAUAUAUAUAUAUUUGAAUUUUCGCUCAAGUUCCUCGAUGAAUCACAGACACAAAGAGAAAGAAACAAAAGAGUCAAGUUAAUUCUAACACAUAAAUUAAAGGCAAGUGAGUUUAACUUUAAACGUAAAAUAAAGAAAUUAAAAUACAAUUUAGCACAAUGGAGAUAACUAAGCAAGCCAUACCAAAAUAUCAUCAAUGAAUUUUAAUUUAGUGUUUAUGAUUAGUGCAAGUGCAGAUCAGAUCGUAAGGCUAAAGAAUUUUGUACAGUUAGCUAAAGUUAAAGCUAGGAUUUAGUUAAGAGCCAUAAUAUGGCCAGACACACACACACACAUCCACACACACACACACAACCACACGUAUAUGUACAUAGAGUAUGGCUUAAGGCGACACACGUAUAUGAGAUAUAUAUAUAUUCAUAUAACAUAUUUAGGCACCAACGUAUAUGUAGCACGAGUUUUUUAUAUGUAAACCAAACCAAACCAAAUUGAACCCUAUUCCAAUGGAAAACGAGAAACAAAAACAAUUAACUGUAUAUACGAAAAGUACUUAUGAACGGAAGACAGGCCGCGUGGGCGAAUGCCUACAUAGGUGGUGAUCACCUAUGCUAUGGAUCAGCUAUGGAACCCUAGAUGUAGUUAAGAUGAAACCUUUAACCCUUCUUAAGGACUACCUAACCAAUUCAGCAAUUCAGCAGGACGACUACAGAAGAGAACCCAAGGAAAAUUACUUUAUUAACGAUCUAGACAGACACAAACACUCACUCACUAACACAAGCACAACACUUGAAACAAUUAUGAAAUAACAGACAGAGUCGAGCCUCGACUAUUCGAUACCCUUUAGCCACAUCCCCCAUCGUCUGUCUGCUCUACGGAAAACGCCCCCACAUAAGUCCCCUUACCCAUUUUGUACCAACCGUUGGCUAAAGAGUAUCCCAAAUCCUAAAUGGGAAUCUGAGCGAAAGAAAGCAAUAUAAGGUUUACCAAUUAAUAAUUGAUUUACCAAUUUCAUUUAUGAUUUACUGAGCCAAGUGAAACGGAUUUGAAGCAAACUGCAAUUGAUCUACGAGCCAUACAAAACAUUCCCCCAGAAAAUAGUUAUGACCCGAGAGACGCGGCAACAUAAAAGUGAAAUCGGUGAUAAAGAACAUAAAUAAUAUAUAUAUCUGCGCUUAUAUAUAAAAACACAAAAAACAACAACGGUCACACACUUAAAUAUAGAUAUAUUUUGUAGCUAUACAAGUCAUAAAUCAAUUAUGUUACCGAAGACAGAAAUCAAAAUGUUUACAAAUGGCUGAAGUUCAUUCGUAAAAGCUCUAUAAAAUAAAUAAUCCCUAUAAAUGAGGUCAAAUAAAUUUUUGAUGCGACAACAACAACAAGAAGGAGAACAACAACAAAUAGCUGCUCAACGGUUUCGGAGCGUAUUUCCAAAGAACGUAAAUUAAUGAUGAAAAAACCAUUUAGUUGUAAACAAUGCAAAGGCGAAAUAGUUGACAAACAUUUUUAAAGAAUAGAAAACAACACACUUAAUGGCAAAUCGAUGCGUUUAAUUUUUCAUAUGGAAUUUUUUACUCUACAACCUAGUUUACAAUAUUAUUUGUGGUAAUGAAAAGCCAACAAAUUUAGUUGCCCAUAGUGAGGACUUUUUUAUAAAAACAAAAAACAAAAGAACAAAUUAACGACGCAAGACGAUGAUAUGCAUAUGUACGUGCUGCGUAUGCAAGAGCAUUUAGGACAACAACAAAAACAAUGAGGACGGAGCAUUCAAAAUAAAAACGAAAUGAUGAAAAUAUGAAAAUAUGUAAAAUGUUAAAUUAUACACACAAUGAAAUGUUUGAAGCAUUUUUGGUGUCGCUGUUUAGACGGCGGCACCAACACCAACGUUUUAUAAAGCAACCGAAAGGGAGAAAUAAAUAAGUAAAUCUAUAUUGGGGAUCGAUAUAUACGUGAUGCGAUGUAAUAAUUACGUAUGUAUGUAUAUGAUGUAUAUUUAAUUAUAUAUUAUAUAUGUAUGGUGGUCUCAAAAACAAAACACGCAAAACCAAAAAUGAAAUUCUAAAGUAUUUAGAUAAGCAAACCAACAAGUUGAGAGCCCUAGAUUAAGUUGAACCACACCACACACAGAUGCUGAUGCAGAUGCAGAAGCAAAUACAGAUGCAGAUACAGAUACAAUUACAGAAACUGAUACAGAUACAGAGACACUGACACACUGAUAAAAAAAACCGGACCCCAGUUCAUGCAGAUUGCACCGAAAGCGUAAUUAACAACAUUUUUAAAGUGAAUUCAAAGUUAAUGCAAGUGAAUAUUAUUAUUGAGAAAUAGUCUAUAACCCUAGGCAGCAAGACGCGAUAUUGAUUGAACCAUGAAUUGUUAGAAUGAUAAAACACACUAAUCACACACCACAACACACACAUACUUACGGUUGUACGUUGCAUACUCUUAGUUUGUUAUUACGGAGGGUUCAUUUUGAAAUCAUUUUGAAAGUCCCCAAAUCCGCAUCAUUAUCCGUUGAAUCCUUUGCUCAAGCAAAUUAAAACAAAAAAGGCGAAAAUUUGUUAUUACAUUUUAAGAUGAGGGACGACACCAGCGCAACCCAAUCCCCGAAUAGAGAAUACCCUUCCGCGGGCCCUGGCUACUGAAAUAUAUAUAUAUGUGUGUAUGAUUUGUCAGCCAUCAACUUACCAGCUUUUCAAGUCUCAUACUACCAUCGUCAAGCAGUUGCAGCUUUCGAAAGCUGAUCAAGGAAGUGGGGGGAGUAUUUCUAUAUAAUUUUUGGUUUUAUCCGUCCAUCAAAAAGAGUUCCUAAAUGCAAUAAAUGAACAUGUUUUAUGAUUACCAGCCAGCCGGCCUGCAAUCUGUUAGAUCCCCCGAUUUCCCCAGUUCACAUUGGUCUGCUGUCAAUUAUUGGUUCCACAGCCCCUCAGACGAUUAUUUCCGAAUCCCAAAGUUUCGGUUGCUCAACCCAUCCAUCCAUCAGCCUCAGAAACCCCGAAAAUGAAACACCCACAUAAGUAUAUAAGCAAGCUAUGUUUGCUAUGUUUGAGGAGCCUCGGAUUGGGAGGCAGAUGCAAGAGGAAUAAUUUAAAACGUAAUGCGUAUGUAAUGAUUGAUCACUGAUCACAAAUUUUGACUGUGUUAAUUUCGUUAUAUAAAAUGAAAAACAAAAUUAAAGAUACAAAAUACAAAAAAAGAAAAAGGAAAAGGAAAAGAAUGAAGAAAAACUGAAAUGAGAAUAAUUAUCUAUAGCAUAUAAAUGAUAAACACACACAUAACAAACAUAAUUAAAAGGGAAAAUAAUAAGAGAUGAGUGUUACAAGAACGUAAAUGAUAAAACCCAAGAAGGAACCUAUAUUAUUAAGUUAAAUACUAAAACUAAAAACAUCCAAAGGGAAAAAAUGCAAACCAAGAAGGAAUAUUAUAAUAUUGCAAUGAAG